GAACUUUAAAUUGGUAUCUGCGGACUACUAAUUCAAAAGUCAGCCUACACAGUUAAAAUUUGCAUAUAACAUAUUUGUUGAAUUCAUCGUUACCAGGUUUGGUAACAAUAAAUAAACCUAAAUUGGCAAAAAAAUAAACUGUUGAUUUUUAUCUACUGAUUUAUUAUAAUUAACAUAAAAAACCACAAAGAGCAAGCAAAUGAGAAUAGCUGUGCAAAGAACUACUGUUUUAUCAACAGCGUCACGACCACCACAGUGUGGUAUAACGGUACACUCGCAUAAUUUUCCAACAAUAAUUCUUAAAGUUGAGGUCGCUAUACCUUUAGAACUAGAAAAGUCAAUGAAUUUCUUCAGAUACUCUAAAAAUCUUUUAAAAAAGAUUAAUCUAGCUGUAAAUGAUAACUAUUUAAAAUGGAGACAACAUCUACUUCAGAAGAGCCUAAAUCUAUUGAAAGAACUGACAGCAGUAACUAUAAAUAUGUUGAUAAUGUAUGCAUCUAUACAGAGCCGAAUUCUAAAAAAGAAUACACAUGGGAUAAAGAAAAAAAUACAUGGAUAGAAAAUGGCUUUGAAAAUUAUGAAUUUGAUGAUAUUCAUAAGACGUACACAUACACUGAUAAACAAACAAAUACUACUUAUUUGUGGAAUCUAAAGGAUAAUAAAUGGGAGGUCAAAAAUAAAGAAACUAUUAGUCUUGUUGAAGAAAAAGCAGAUGAAAAUGUCGAUGAAGAAUUUGAUGAUGAUGAGGAGGACGACGAUGAUGGUUUUGAUGGUAGAAAAGAGAAAAAACGACGCACAGUAAAACGUCAAGAUAUGAGUAAAGGAAAGUAUGGUCACGAUGGUAAUACACAAACAUAUACAGACCCAGCGGACGGCACUGUUUAUAUCUGGGACAAAGAAAAAAAUGCUUGGUUCCCUAAGAUCGAUGAUGAUUUUUUGGCCCAUUAUCAACUAAGUUAUGGAUUUGGUUCAAGUAAUGUUAACACUGUUGAACAGAAAAAUUAUUCUCAAACAAACAGUCUAGAGUGUCCAAAUAUAGGAAAUCAAGCAAAACUAAAUUCUAAUGAUAAAGUUAAAACAGUUGAAGAGGAUAAAACUGAAGCAGUAAAACAAAAACUACCACAAUCUACUGAACCUAAUUGGUUUGAAGUUGAUGAAGAACAUAAUACAAAAGUUUAUGUUUCUAAUUUGCCUUUGGAUAUAUCUGAACAAGAGUUUAUCGAUUUGAUGCAAAAGUGUGGCUUGGUCAUGAAAGAUUUAGAUACUGGUCGAAUGAAAGUUAAGUUAUAUACAGAACGAGGUACAGACAUCCUUAAAGGUGAUGCUCUUUGUACUUAUAUCAAGAGGGAAUCUGUAGACUUGGCGUUGAAGUUACUUGAUGGUUACAAAUUACGUGAUAAGGAAAUUCACGUUGAACUAGCAAAGUUCACAAUGCGUGGUGAAAAAUAUAACCCUGCGUUGAAACCAAAAAAAAAGAAAAGAAAAGAUAAAGAAAAAAUGAAAAAAAUUCAAGAAAAGUUAUUUGACUGGAGACCAGAUAAAAUGAGAGGAGAGCGAGGAAAAAACGAGAGUAUUGUGAUUGUAAAAAAUUUAUUUGAGAAGGAAACAUUCGAUAAUGAUGUCGCAUUACUUUUAGAAUACCAAAAAGAUCUCAGAGAAGAAUGCUCAAAGUGUGGUGUUGUAAAAAAAGUAAUAGUAUACGAUAGGCAUCCGGAUGGUGUGGCGCAAAUUAAUUUUAAAGAACCUGAUGCGGCAGACGCUUGUGUUCAAUUAUUAAACAACCGAUGGUUUGGACAAAGACAAAUAACUGCAGAGAUAUGGGAUGGAAAAACAAAAUAUAAAGUCAUUGAAACACCUGAUGAAACAGAAGAGCGGCUGAAGAAAUGGGAAACGUAUUUACUUUCAACAGGUAAUACUGAAACAAACGAUGCUCACGAAUCAGAUGAUGAUUCAGUGAAAACAAAAAGUGAUGGAGAAAGUGAUGACGAAGUUCAACCAGUUUCUGUUUAACUUUUAAAAUUAAUAUAACAUAAUUAUUCUUUUUAAUAUAAAUUAUAAUAUAUUAAUGAGAAUAACAAAUUUUUUUUUUUUAAAGAUAAAAAAUUAAUAAUAAAUAUAUUUCACAGUAUGUAUUAGAGAUUAUAAUAUAGAUUUUAGUUAGUCCUCGCCAGCAGGUAUAGCAUCUUCAAGUCUUUUAUUGAACUUAAUUCUAAGUUCAGUAGCUAAAUCUCCUUUAAGUUGGUCUUGUGCAAACCAACAUGAUACAUCCAUUU